AUGGAGGACCCUUUCGUCUCCAGAGACUUAAACCUGGCAACGCUGCCAAGCAAGUUGAAGUUUGCGCCCUUAGGCAGACGAAUUGCUGUCUCAAACCUGGUGCAGGCUUCAUUCCCAGGAAACCAACAAAGUCCAAAAUCAUUUCAGCAAUGGAAAACCGUGCUCGUCACCAUCAAGGAGCUUCUCUUGAAUCGAAAAUUCAGGGAAUGCUUUACUCGGUGCCUCAAUCUUUUGCAAUCGGUCCGGGAUCAACAAUCUUCCUACAUUCACCCAAUUCAGGAGAGUGCUUUAAACUACUACGCCGCGCUCUGCUGUGAGCUGCUCGCUCGACCUUUACACAUUCUGUCCGCCGACCGCCUUCGCCGUCUCGAGUCUGCUAGAGAGCAUUACCUCAAAGCUUCAGAUAUACUUCCCGGUCUGGAUGCCGAGGACACUUGCUGUUCUUCCUCUGCAACCUUUUCUUCUCCCAAGAAGCUUCUGCGCUCAAUUGACACCAACGUCGCCAACUUCUCGAAAAGUCGCAACGGUGUAGACUUUCCAGCGUCUUCCCCUCGCCGGUUGCACUCAGACUCUGUAGCUUCUUCUGUUGCAAGCUUCUCUUCGUUGGACGCUAUUUUCAACUCUCCGCCAUUCAAAGGAGCUUCGUCCGCGUCAGCCCAUUUUUCUCCUUUGCCAUUUAAACCACAGGUGCACCAUUACACUUACAAUGACGGCCAUAACAAGGAAAACAGCAUGCCUAGCUUCGACAAAGAUAGCUACGAAGAGGAGGAUGACAGCGACACCGACGUUCAUGAUCCAUUUGGUGGUCUAAAACCUUCACCACUUUCCAUUCGCAAAGUCGACAAUCAAAACAACAAUCAUAGUCAUACUUGCAAUCGCAACCCGUUGGUCCCCUCACCGCUGCGUCCCAAGUUGAAACCUAUCCUUCAACCAACCAAGGAGCACUCCAAACGUGCAUCUGUAUCUUCUCUAGGUCCAGCCCCUUCUCCGCCCAAACGCGCCUCGGUCACGUUCACCGAAGAGAGCACCGCCUGGCUCCGCAUGCGUUCUCGCCACCGAUUCAACUCGCAUCUUACUUCUUUUGCAGAAAUGCUGCAUCGCCAUAUUGAUGCCGUUGAGGAACUUGUGGAAGCGACGACCAAGGCGCAAGCCAUUCAUCGCGAGACUCAAGCGCGUUGUCGAAUUUAUAGUGAGUCGAAGAAGACAGAUAAGGAAUCGAGGAUUGCGCGCUUGAGAGCUGUGGGAUGGCAGCGCCCUAGAUUCGAUGCGGAGAGAUACCAGCGGCUCUGUCAGGCUGUUUUGGAAGAGCUUUGA